AUGAGGGCGGCGCCGAUCGACGCCGAGGCGCCGACGCCUGCUCCGCGGCGGUCGUCGAUCGUGCGAUCGAUCCGCUGCGUCGAUCAUGGCCACGGCAGGGAUUUCGGAGCGGGGGGCGCGGGGCGAUCGGCCGAGUCGCGGCGGCGGGACCUGUUGCUGCUGGCUGGCACUGUGCUUGCGUCAUCGGCGACAGGAUCUGCGGGGCGCGCGGAGGCUUCAGACGUGGCAGCCGAUGCCCCGAGGCAGCCUUCCACCAGCUAUGGACAGGAGGGGGAAGUGGGAGGCCAGAGUGGAGCUGGCCUCACCCAAUUCAAUUUCUCACGACCAGGACCACUGACACCUGUCAGAUUGCCCAAGCUGGAACACACCUGUGCAGGUUGCUUUCCCCAAUGCGUGGCAGACAGGUGUCUGAUUCGACUGGACGUGCUGUACCCUAAGGGCCCCUUAGUGGAGGGACGGCCAUACCCACUGGCUAUUAUCACUGGUGGUUUUCUGGUGCCAUCCGAGGAGUAUUUGUCAUAUGCCGAGAGGCUGGCCAGCUGGGGAUACGUCGCCGUGCUGUACGACAAGAUCGAAUCCCCCGUGGACGCCCUGGACGACAUCGUCUCCGCGGAGUUCAUAAAGGAGAUCAUAGACUGGGCGGGAGUGGAUCCGCUAGUCAGUCAAGUGGCUGACAACAGGCGGGUCUACCUCGUGGGCCACUCGCGGGGGGGCAAGGUGUCCGUUCUGGCUGCCCAGGACGACAGCAGGGUUGUGGCACUUUGCCUCAUCGACCCGGUUGACAACACUGUCUAUGCACCGCUGGCGCCCGGGUUUCCAUCAGCCAUCGCCGCACUAAAUUCCGUCCAGGAGACGGUCCCCAUGGCUGUCAUCGGCGCGGACCUCGCGCAUGACUGCGCUCCAGAAGAAUCCAAUUACAAGAGAUUCUUCGAUGCCGCACAGUCGCCGGCCUGGGAGGUGGUCCUUAAGGACACAGGGCAUUUCCAGUUUCUGGACCGCAGCACAGCCGUCGAGAAGCUUGUGUGCGUGACAG